AUGCAGACGCCAUUUGUCUUUUCGCUUGCAGUAUUAUCUUUCUUUCUUUCUUUCUUUCUUUCUUUUUCUUUCUUUCUUUUUCUUUCUUUCUUUCUUUCUUUUUUUUUCUUUCUUUUUCUUUCUUUCUUUUUCUUUCUUUUUCUUUCUUUCUUUCUUUCUUUCUAUUUUCAUCUUUUUUGCCUUUCCCUUUUCCUUUCCUUUCUUUGUUCCUUUCCUUCCAUCUAUCUCCACAAAAUCUUCUCCUCUUCACGACUCCCCAUACCCGAGGUCUGUCUACUUUAUUUAUUUAUUUAUUUUUUAUUUCUAAUAUUUAUUCUUUCUUUUUCGGAAAUUUAUUCUUUUUUUUUUCAUUCACUAAUUUGUUUUCCUUCGUUCUUUCUUUCUCUCUUUCGACCGUCCUUUUGUAAAAUUUCAUCUUUUUUUCUUUUUGCAUUUGAUCUUUGUUUCUCUGAAAUUAUUUUCUUUAUUUAUUUUUCAUUCGACUCUCCUUUUUCUGAAAUUUCUUCUUUCUUUCUUUUUUUUUUUUUCAUUCGACCCUUUUUUUCUGGAAUUUCUUCUUUUUUUUAUUUUUCUUACGACACUUCUUUUUCUGAAAUUGAUUUAUUUUUUUAUUUUUCAAUCGACCCUUUUUUCUGA